AUGCCGACGCAGAAGAAAUGCCGACGCAGAAGAAAUGCCGACGCAGAAGAAAUGCCGCCGCAGAAGAAAUGCCGCCGCAGAAGAAAUGCCGCCGCAGAAGAAAUGCCGCCGCAGAAGAAAUGCCGCCGCAGAAGAAAUGCCGCCGCAGAAGAAAUGCCGCCGCAGAAGAAAUGCCGCCGCAGAAGAAAUGCCGCCGCAGAAGAAAUGCCGCCGCAGAAGAAAUGCCGCCGCAGAAGAAAUGCCGCCGCAGAAGAAAUGCCGCCGCAGAAGAAAUGCCGCCGCAGAAGAAAUGCCGCCGCAGAAGAAAUGCCGCCGCAGAAGAAAUGCCGCCGCAGAAGAAAUGCCGCCGCAGAAGAAAUGCCGCCGCAGAAGAAAUGCCGCCGCAGAAGAAAUGCCGCCGCAGAAGAAAUGCCGCCGCAGAAGAAAUGCCGCCGCAGAAGAAAUGCCGCCGCAGAAGAAAUGCCGCCGCAGAAGAAAUGCCGCCGCAGAAGAAAUGCCGCCGCAGAAGAAAUGCCGCCGCAGAAGAAAUGCCGCCGCAGAAGAAAUGCCGCCGCAGAAGAAAUGCCGCCGCAGAAGAAAUGCCGCCGCAUAAGAAAUGCCGCCGCAUAA